AAGCGGAGCAGCGCAGCGCAGCGCAUCCCCCGUCUCUCUCUCUCUGUCUCUCCCUUGUGCGGUUCCCCGGCUCUCCGGCUGCGGCUCAUGUCGGCUCAGCCGGGGUUUCGUUGUGUUCCACUACGCACAGUUACUGCCAUUUUAGCACUCGGGCCGGACAUGCCGGUGUAAAAGAGGUGGCAUUUCUCUUCCUUUCGCUUCGUAUCUCUCGUCCCUUCUCUGCGGCCUGAAACACACAAAAUGUCUACCAGAACGCCGUUACCGACCGUUAACGAGCGUGACACCGAAAAUCACACAUCCGUGGACGGCUACCCCGACCCUCCAGCACCUCCGGCUAAGUCGGCGAGCAGGCAGAGUCUGCCGCGAUGUCGCAACUCUGUGGCGUCCAUCACAGACGACCAACCUCACAUCGGCAACUACAGGCUGCUCAAAACCAUCGGCAAGGGCAACUUCGCCAAAGUCAAACUAGCACGCCACAUUUUAACAGGGCGCGAGGUUGCUGUGAAGAUCAUUGAUAAGACGCAGUUAAACCCCACUAGUUUACAAAAGCUUUUUCGUGAAGUAAGGAUUAUGAAGAUAUUGAAUCACCCUAAUAUAGUUAAAUUAUUCGAGGUCAUAGAAACCGAGAAGACACUUUAUUUGAUAAUGGAGUAUGCCAGUGGAGGUGAAGUAUUUGACUACUUAGUUGCACAUGGAAGAAUGAAGGAGAAGGAAGCCAGGGCCAAGUUUCGACAGAUUGUGUCUGCAGUGCAAUAUUGUCAUCAGAAGAGGAUAGUCCACAGGGAUCUCAAGGCUGAGAACUUGCUCCUGGAUGCUGAUAUGAACAUAAAGAUAGCAGACUUUGGUUUCAGUAAUGAAUUCACCAUUGGAAACAAGUUGGACACGUUCUGUGGAAGCCCCCCCUAUGCCGCUCCUGAGCUCUUUCAGGGCAAGAAAUAUGACGGGCCUGAAGUGGACGUCUGGAGCCUGGGGGUCAUUCUGUACACACUGGUCAGCGGUUCGCUACCUUUUGAUGGGCAGAAUUUAAAGGAGCUGAGAGAGCGAGUGCUGAGAGGGAAGUACCGUAUUCCGUUCUACAUGUCCACCGACUGUGAAAAUCUACUGAAGCGACUUCUGGUGCUGAACCCAGGCAAACGUGGCAGUCUAGAGCAAAUUAUGAAAGACCGCUGGAUGAAUGUGGGUCACGAAGAGGAGGAGCUCAAACCAUACACAGAGCCAGAAGCUGAUUUCAGUGACACCAAAAGAAUAGAUCUGAUGAUUACCAUGGGUUUCCCCAAAGAAGAGAUAACUGAUUCCUUAGUGGGUCAGAAAUACAAUGAAGUUAUGGCUACUUACUUGCUCCUGGGCAGAAAACCUCCUGAGCAGUUUGAGGGAAAUGAGUCUCUGUCCAGCAUAAACCUGUGUCAGAUGCCUCGACCCAGCAGUGACCUGAAUAACAGCUCAUCCCAGUCUCCAGCUCACUCCAAAGUGCAGCGCAGCAUCUCUGCCACGCAGAAACAGCGGCGCUACAGUGACCACGUUGCUCCAUCGAUCCCACCGGCCGUGUCCUACACCAAGCGCACACAGGCCAACAGUGUGGAGGGAGAGAAGAAAGAGGAUUGGGAGGCGACUCGUAAGCUCCCCACCUCCAGCUCUAAAGGAGACAUGGCUGUCUCACCGCUGACCACACAAGAGCGCAGGAAGUGUUCAACAGCCUCAGGGAACAGCACAACAGGGGGGAUGACACGGAGGAACACGUACGUGUGUGAGCGUGCCAGCACUGAUCGCUAUUCAGCCAUUCCUAAUGGCAAAGAUAGCAGUCUGACAGAGAUGUCUGCCUCUGGUAGUGGCUCAUCUGUUUCUCCUGGAGCCUCCUCAGCACUGGCCUCGGCUAGGCCGCGUCACGUGAAGUCCAUGUCCGCCUCAGGUCAUCCCACCAAGUCCCCUUUGCCCCCAAUAGAGGAUAAUGCUGAGUACAAGGGCCCAAGUAGCUCCAGCUCCAGGGUACCCGCUGCAUCUCCAUCGACCCACAGCAUCAGCAGUGUGACCCCAGACCGAACACGUUUCCCUCGGGGCACAUCUACUCGUAGCACCUUUCACGGAGCGCAGCUGAGAGAACGUCGCAGUGCGACCUACAACGGACCGCCUGCAUCUCCUACACUCUCGCAUGACACGGGGGCUCUGGUCCACACUCGGAGGGGCACUUCAACAGGCCUCAUCAGUAAGAUCACCUCUAAGUUUGUGCGUAGGCUGCCCAGUGAAGGAGAGGCCAGAUGCAGAGCAAACAGUUUGAGGAGCGGUUCAGGUGAACCUAAAGACGAUGGGCGUGAUUCUAAGCCGAGAUCUCUACGCUUCACAUGGAGCAUGAAGACCACGUCAUCUAUGGAGCCCGGCGACAUGAUGCGAGAAAUCCGCAAGGUGCUAGACGCCAACAAUUGUGACUACGAGCAGCGUGAGCGCUUCCUGUUGUUCUGCGUUCACGGCGACGCCCGUCAGGACAGCCUUGUCCAAUGGGAGAUGGAAGUAUGCAAGCUGCCCCGCCUCUCUCUCAACGGCGUCCGCUUCAAACGCAUCUCGGGCACCUCUAUCGCCUUCAAGAACAUCGCAUCCAAAAUCGCCAAUGAGCUGAAGCUGUGACCGGCACACAGGGAGCGAUUGCGACAAAAACUGCAAAAUGGAAGCUUGCUACGUUGAUGUCUACGUUCCCAGUUAGUAUGGGUACCAUUUUGAGUUUACUGCUUUCUGAAGCUACUGCUGUAUGGUUUGACCAGUGGAUUUAAAAAAGAUAAGAUUGAAGGGAAAAAAGUGCAUCCUUGGUACCCCCAGUUCCCUUCUAUUCUCUCAAGUCCCACAUAUACACAAGGUUAGCAUAACCAUCUUUGCAAUAAUAAUGUAAACCUGUGGCAGGGUCAGCAGGUUGGUGUUCCUUUACUGAACUACCUUUGUAGGCUAAAGCAGAGACUUUUAACGCUACUUUUUCCACAUGUACAGUUAAGAUACAGAAUGAUUUGUUGAAUUGUUCAUAGACUUGUAUAAUACAAGGCUCUUUCAGCCUGUGUAUCUGAAGGUGUUGUAUAGUAUUGAGUUCUGCACAGAAAUUUAUGUUAAAUGGCUUACUGUCUCUGUUUAGCUUUUUGCUUUCCUUGUACAAUUUUAGAUCUUUUGUUUUUUGCCUCCGUCAUGUGACAUUUUAAUUAUUUUUUACAUUUUUAUUUUUUACUUUUCGACAGGAUUUAGACCCCACAGAUCAGUGACGAGUUACUAUUAACAGUGUUUCAUAAAACAGGCCGUGCACGUUCCAAAGGCAAAACGGUUUUAACCUGCAAUCUUUGAAUUUUUUUUUUUUUCUCCCGCCGGAGUCGUGCUAUUAGUUAGCAAGUUUGACACUCUGCCAUUCCGUGUAUGCUAAAAAGGGAUAUAAACUUUUGAAUUGAUUUGAGAAUAAUGCUGUAGUCGUAGCAGAUGUAGCCCAAAUAGGAACAGGAUUGGAACAGGGUUGGAUAAACAAGAUUUUCUUUCAGUUUAUUUGAGUUUGGUUUGACUUCAUCUCCUUCUCCCUAAAGAUGUUCUGUUUAUUUAUUACAGUUUUUACACCACAUUUACUUCGCUGCUUUAACCUUGUCAUCCUCGUGUGACAGAAGUAGGAUGUGACAUUUCUGUUUUUGAAAAUGUACUUUAAUUUGUUCCUUUUGUAAUUAGUGGUGAUGAUGGUGGUGGUGAUGUGUAAGACCACUUGUGCUGGAACAUUUCCUCUUGUUCCUGUGUACUGAGGUAAUGAGGGUUAAAUGUGCAAUGCUUUUUGUUGUAUUACUGUAAUUUCUUACUCGAACAUGGUCCCCAAAUGCACACAUUUCAAGAGAAACCGUUUGUUUAGUUUGCUUAUUUAAAAAUGGUUUGAAAGUAUCUUUCAGAGGUUUAAGCUGUGAUCUGAUUAAGCUGGUCCUUGAGGAGCGUGGUGUUUCAUGCUGUAACGGUACUUUUCCCGAGCAGGUGAUUAAUGCUGCUUUAGCUGUUGGAGAUGCUUGAAGAUGUUGGGAGACAAAGAUGAUGAUUUACUUAAAAUGCAACUACCACCCACACUCCCCUCCUUUCCCCAGUCAUUUCACCACGACCGCCCCGUACUCCCUCCAAUCAGUGUAGUACUGUACAUUUCUCAGUAAAUUCUCAGUAGGGUCAUAAAGGUUCAGUCUCACUGGUGCACAUUAAAGCUUACUUGAAAUGAGA